AUGGAAGAUGAUACAUAUCACUGGUCGCGGGAGCGAGUGCUCGGCGAUUGGCCGCGAGCCAUGCAAUAUGGACUGGUGACGUUGAGAGCAAGCUCGACAAAAGCUCGACUGCAGUUCCUGCGUGAAGAUCUCCUCCCGUUGGCCAAAACUCCCGACCUCUCGUUAUCACAGACUCUCGACGUAUUCAAGCUCUUGACUCAAACAUAUCCUCGCUAUGUGGAUUCCCAGUCGCGCGACGCCGUCGAAGCUGUCGGGAUGGAACUUGUUCGUCGUGACGAAGCGCGCGGUGUCUCCUCCGAUCCAAGCGAAACGAAGUUCGGCGUCACAGAGCAGAUAGUCGGCUGGUUAUCGAACGAAGUCUCGCGCGUGAUAAAACGCGGUAGUUCUUACGCCGCCACCGACCGCUUCGUUCUCCUAUCAUGGACAUGCGGGGUGUAUACUGUUUGCCUGCAGACAAAUCCGGAUUUUCCUUCUGUUUCUUCCCAGCCUUGGAACGCAUUACUGGGGGUCCUGGCGAUCUUGAUUGAGUCCAUCCUAGAUCCCACAGGUUCUACGAAGCCUUCCAUCCGCCAGUCGUCUCUCACCCGUACUAGAAGAGCCUUCCGAUCGUCACCCAAGAGUCUUCCGUUGACAAUGUCGACGCUUGUAACGUUAUCCAAGUCGUUGCCAUCGCCCUUGAUAACAUUCCCAGUCCUUGGCAUCGCGGUCGACGUGUCAAUACGGCUAAAGGACACCAAGCAAGCACAACUCGCGCGUGUUUCUCCGGAGCUGAAGACUCGGAUUCUGGACCUAUUCGUAUCGAACGUGAUCAUGUCCAAGACUCCUGUCCCUGCACACGUCUCAGAGGCCCUCCACGAUUUUAUACAAUCAUAUAUCACCGAAGAUGAUAUCGCCGGGGUCGUUUUGCCCACAGCGGAAAAGGCGCUUCUUCGCGCCCCAGAGAACUCCUUGAGCGUCAUUACGGACUUCUUCGCAGCGUACCCUCAAUCACUGUCUACCGAACAUUUCCGUCGCCUUUUGGUGCCUGCACUCAAUUCAGCUAAGUCUAGCAACGCCUCCGUCCGCAAAGGUGCUUUGUGCCUGUUCAAGGUCCUCGCCACGAAAUGUCCCGACGAAAAAACGCUGCAGUCCGCUGCGGAUGAAGUCCUCAGCUUACCCAAAUCCGGCAAGACCACGGGACCGGAUCAUCGCAUCACUCUCUUCUCGAUGCUACAGUAUAUCCCAACCUCUGGCACCGCUUCGCCGUCCAUUCUUCAUACCGCCCUUCCGCUACUCGCGAAGGAAUCGCAUGACGCCGCUACAACGGCUUUGGCCACGUCCCUAUCUUCACAUCUCAACCAUGCCGUGCGCUUCGAGCUCUCUCUCGAUACUGGGUCUAUCUCCCUUCUAGCGAAGGAAAUGUCCAGCGCAAAACCUACGAUUCGCCGUGCCUUCUGCACCCUUGUCGGCGGAGCUCUCUGGGAAGUUCCGCAGGUCAACGGCGACGUCGCGAAAGCCGUGCUACCAGCACUCGAGGGGAAUCUGAAGACCGCUGCGGUGCCAGGUUCGGCGGCGCCCAUGGAAGGAUAUGUUGCAAUCGCCCUGAUUCUAGGCCCGUAUGCGCGAUCCGGAAUGUAUGACGAUGCGAUAUCCAAGAACGUCGUCAUACAGUCCCUCGCGAAUCCGUCCACUAAGCCGGCCUUCUUGAUCAAUGAGAAAGUCUACAUGAAGCUCGAAGGCUCUGAAGAUGAGAUCUGGCUGCUGCGCGCUGCUAACGCUGCCACGUCCUACUUGCGUGGUCCUUUGAGCAAGAGUGAACUGUUGAGGUCACAACUUGGACAAGUACUCGUACAUCUUGCUGUCGAGAGUAAGGCGGCCGACGUGCGUCGGGCAACUCUGCAAGCCGUGGAGUCUCUUGCGCAAACCCUGCCAGAAGUAGUUGGUCUCGUUGUUGUUGACUCUUUAACCGCCUUCUUGUCGAAGGAGAAGACGACUGUCGCGAAGACGAAUGGUCCUGACGACGAUACGGAACUAACCCACAACGCCAACGAUCGCAGUCGGCUCGCAGCGUUCGUGCUCGCGGCGGUUACACCUGGGGAGGACACCGACCUUGCCGUACGUGAGGUGAUUGCAGCCAACCUACUUAUCGUUGGACAUCACCCUAUGACUUGUGCGCCCGGCCGGCAAGUGUGGAUUGAGUUAUGUCAAAAAGGACGCAUUGACCCCAGAGAGCUGGUACGCAACAGCCUGGACCAUCUGCUAAAGCUCGUCCUCGGCGCCUCGAACUCCGCUCUCUCCGGAUUUGCCGAUGCUAGCUACCGUGCAGUCGCCACGUUGACUUUCGUGGCCCCGGAGGAUGUCCUGCCGCGCAUGGUAGAACAAUUGCGUGCGGACGUCGACGGCAGGGCGAUUAAUUCACUCACGGAAACGGACCUGGGUAUAUGGCGUACUUCACCCGGUACCACUUACGUGGAUGUCUUGACGAAUAAGAAUGGCGAUGUCGUCGAGAAAAAAGGCAAGGAUAGAGACAUCGCGAAAUGGGAGGCUGAAGUCAGGAAAUCGGUAGCCAACAAGAAGGCACCUGGAGCCACCCCAAUAUUGACGAAGCAACAACAAGCGUUGGUCAAAGCUCAGCUGGACAAGGAAGCUGAAAUAAGGCAAAAGGUCGAGGGACUCAAGACAAAUCUUGAACGAGGGCUGCGCAUUAUCAGCAGCCUCGUAUUUGCGAGAGUGGAGGAGAUCAAAGCAUAUGUCACCCCGAUAUCUUCCAUUCUGCUCGAAAACGCAUUCGACAUUGGUCCCACUGUAGUCGGCAGCAAGGUCUUUGAUACCUACUUGGAACUAGCACAAUGCUGCUCACACCGUCUUGACUCGGUUUCUCGCUGGAUCGGCGUUGCUACGCUGCGUCUUCAUGAAGUGAAGGGGGUCCCUGAGGACUACCAGAUUGAACCCCUUAGCAGUCUUGUGUUACGCGUUCUGUAUCGAUUUCACUCUUUGUCGUCGCAAACGUCCUUUGAUGCCGCAACAUUUUGCUACAUGGCACCACUCUUGAGCCAGGUCAUGAUGAAGGGUGGCAUUGCUGUGAACGAAGAUGAUGACCCCUUGGAACAGAUCGUCCUUUGUUUGGAUAUUAUCAGGUACCACUGCGCAGAUCUCGCCGAUAUCACAUUCCCAAGAUACGAGGUCAUGCGCGCUCUCAUACAUGUUAUCCAGCAACAACCACGACUUGGGAAAGAUGCAUCAUCAGUCCUAGUCGACGUUGGGCAGGCUAUACAUGGAACAGCAGUAGCUUAUGAGACCAAUCUGCUCCUCGCCACCACCUUGGCUCAAGAGGCUUACCUCAGACACUCCGCCUUGCUGACUCUCCAGCCGUUCGAUCUCACGGAUCUGGAAUGGUCCCCUGAACUAUGGGUUGCAGUUCACGAUGAAGAUGAGCAGAAUGCGCGCUUGGCGCAGCACCUUUGGGAAGAUAACGGCCUCGACGUACCGGAGACAUUCCUUCCUCCAUUAUUGAACUAUCUCGCAGAUCAUGAACAUGAAUCUGUCCGUUCCAGCGCUGCGCGUGGAUUGUCGGAAGCCGUGGAACAAUGGCCACAGACGGUUGGCGAGGUUGUGAUUGCUCUUGAACAAUUUUAUCGCGAAAAGGCGAGAAUCCUGGCUCCUGAAUUUGAUGAAUACGGAAUGAUCAUCGAGGCCAGUGUCGGACGUGUUGACCCCUGGCCGACUCGGGCGGCUAUCUCUCGCGCUCUCGAAUUGCUGGCUCCGCUGAUCCCAUCGGAAAGCGUCCUUCCAUUGUUCAAGUUCUUUAUCAAGGAUGAAGCUCUGGGAGAUAGGCACGAAGUUGUGCGCAAGGGCAUGCUGAAUGCUGCUAUAGCCACCAUCGAUGCGCAUGGUGCCACUCAGAGUGCCGCCCUUCUCUCCAUAUUCGAGGAUGAACUGGCUGCCGGUGCCGCGUCGUCAACCGAAACGUCCGACUUCAUCAAGGAGGCCGUGGUGGUUUUACUCGGCAGAACAGCAACUCAUCUAGAGCCAAGCGAUGCCCGGAUACCCAAAAUCGUCAACCGUCUGGUGGAAGCCCUGAAGACCCCCUCCGAGCAAGUACAAAUCGCGGUGGCCGACUGCCUCGCGCCGUUGGUGAAGAUCAUGGAUUCUCCAGUUGGACCGUUAGUCGAUAAGCUACUAGACGAGCUUUUCAACGCUUCCAAAUACGCCGCAAGACGAGGGGCUGCUUACGGUUUGGCGGGAGUGGUGAGGGGCUAUGGCGUUACAAGUUUCAAGGAAUUCGAUUUGUUCAAGCGUCUCAGCGCCGGCGCCGAGGAUAAAAAGAGGUAUGAAUCACGGCAAGGCGCGUUAUUCGCGUUCGAGACCAUGUCCAGCACGCUGGGGCGGUUAUUCGAGCCAUACAUCAUCCAUAUUCUCCCAGUGCUUCUUGCGUCUUUCGGCGAUUCCACCGCGGACGUUCGUGAGGCUGCUCAAGACACGGCCCGAAUCAUCAUGGCGAAUAUGUCCGGUUACGGAGUCAAGUUGAUUUUACCGUCGCUUCUAGAGGGUUUGGAAGAAAAGCAAUGGCGCACGAAGAAGGGCUCUAUCGAACUUCUGGGCAUGAUGGCAUACUGUGCACCUCGUCAACUGUCGCAGUCGCUUCCCAUCGUCAUUCCUCAACUCACGGACGUUCUCACCGACUCGCACGCACAAGUGCGUGCAGCGGCGAACCAGAGUCUGAAACAAUUCGGAGAAGUCAUCAGCAACCCAGAGAUACAAAAACUCGCUCCCACGCUCCUCAAAGCACUGGUCGAUCCAGCGCGAACUCCAAAUGCAUUGAAUUCCUUGCUAAAGACGUCGUUCAUGCAUUAUAUCGACCAAUCAUCCUUAGCCUUGAUCAUACCGAUCAUCGAACGAGGUUUGAAAGAACGUGGUGCGGAAACGAAGCGAAGGGCGGCGAGGAUUGUAGGCAAUCUAGCCUCUUUGACAGAUUCCAAGGAUUAUGUCCCAUAUCUUCCAGAGCUACUGCCCAUGGUCCAUGCCGUUCUCAUCGACCCUGUUCCGGAGGCGCGUGCGACAGCGGCAAAGGCACUUGGUGCUUUAGUCGAAAGGCUGGGAGAACAGAACUUCCCUGAUCUCGUACCAAGCCUCAUCAGAACUCUGAAGGGCGAUUCGUCAGGCGUUGACCGACAAGGUGCUGCUCAGGGAUUGAGUGAAGUCCUAUCCGGCCUGGGAAUGGAACGCAUGGAAGGCCUACUGCCCGACAUCAUCGCGAACGCACAAUCUCCACGGAGCACAGUGCGAGAAGGGUUCAUGUCGCUCUUGGUCUACUUACCGGCCACGUUCGGGACACGCUUCCAGCCACAUCUACCAAAGAUCAUUACACCCAUACUCAGUGGUCUCUCGGACAUCGAAGAAUACGUCCGCGAAGCCGCUAUGCGGGCAGGAAGAAUGGUCAUUACCAAUUAUUCGAACAAGGCAAUUGACCUUCUCCUACCGGAACUGGAACGGGGGAUAUUCGAUCCUGGCUGGCGUAUACGGCAAUCGUCAAUCACUCUGGUUGGAGAGUUGCUUUUCAAAGUUUCCGGAAUCAGUGGAAAAGCGGAAAUCGAGGAAGAUGAAGAGGAGCCUACCGAUGCAGUUGUUGCAGAAUCCUCUCGUAAGGCACUGGUGGAGGUGCUGGGCCGAGAACGUCGGGAUCGUAUCCUGUCAGCUCUCUAUCUUGCCCGUCAGGAUGCUGUCAGUGUCGUGAGGCAGUCCUCGAUACACAUCUGGAAGGCACUGGUGCACAACACGCCACGUACCGUUCGUGAAAUACUGCCCGAACUGGUGGAUCAAAUCAUUACGCUUCUUUCCAGCUCUGAGUACGAGCAAGAGGAGACGGCUUCUCGUACAAUUGGAGAGCUAUGUCGCAAGUCCGGAGACCGAGUAUUAUCUGAAAUCAUUGGCCUCCUGCGGACGAGAUCGACUUCGUCUGACGCGCGCAUAAGAGAAGGCGUAUGCUUAGCGCUCAGCGAACUCAUGGUCAAUACCACCGACACUCAGCGUGAAGGCCGCGAAGACGAGAUCAUUCUCAUGGUUCGGACAUCCUUAGUAGACGAUGAAGCGAAUGUCCGUUCCGCGGCUGCACGGGCCUUCGACAUACUGCAGGAACACCUCGGUACCCGUGCCAUCGACCAGACGAUUCCGACAUUAUUGGAAGCGCUUCGUCAACCUGGUGCGAGCUCCGGCACGGCUUUACAUGCACUCAAAGAAGUCAUGAGCGUUCGGGCCUCUACGGUCUUCCCCGUGCUCAUUCCUACACUGACGGCAAGCCCUAUGACCCUCUUCAAUGCCCGUGCUCUAGCAACUUUGGUCACUGUCGCUGGCAACGCGCUUAGCAGACGGCUUACCGUCGUCUUGACUGCGCUCGUGAAGGAACUGGAGAGCAAGCCAAGCGAAGAAUUGCAGGAGGCAAUCCAGGAAGCUGUGGAAGCUCUUUUGCGAUCAAUCGCCGAUGAGGAAGGCCUCAAUACGCUAAUGCUCAUGCUCCUCGGAUGGGCAAAGCACGAGGCGCCACAGCGGCGUGUCAGUGCUUGCAACCUCUUUGCUACCUUCUGCGAAGUUACGGAGCUGGACACCUCACUGUACAGAAUUGACUGGAUACGCCAACUCGUAACCCUGCUUGACGACGACUCCGUCCCUGUGCACACCGCCGCCUGGAGUGCCUUCGACGCCUUCGUCAAGUCAACGCCGAAAGACGAAUUGGAGCCGCUUGUCGUUCCUCUGCGCCGAACAAUUGAAAGCACUGGCGGUCCGGGCCGCUAUGUCCCUGGCUUCAGCUUGCCGAAGGGCGUUGGCCCUAUGGUUCCCAUCAUCAUCGCCGGUCUUACCACCGGCAGCAACGAACAAAGAGAGCAGGCGGCGUAUGCCAUCGGCGAUCUCGUUGAACGGACGGAAGAAGCAGCCAUCAAGCCAUUCGUCGUGCCGUUCACUGGCCCUCUCAUUCGUGUUGCUACCCAAGCGACGACUUAUCCUCCUGGGGUGAAAGUCGCUAUUUUAAGCGCGCUCGGUACGAUGUUGGAGAGGAUACCGACUUUUGUCAAGCCGUUCUUCCCGCAACUGCAACGUACGUUCGUCAAGGGCGCGAGCGAUCCUUCGAGUUUGGCAGUCCGGAAUAAGGCUGCUGAAUCUCUUGGUUCCUUGAUGAAGAGUCAGCCGCGAGUGGACCCUGUUAUCACCGAGUUGGUCACAGGCGCUCGAUCGAACGACGAGGAGAUUGCAGGAAGCCUGGUGCUAGCAUUGGCUCGUGUCGUCCGGAGUGCUGAUGCAAACAUCGGCGAGAGCGCUCGUCAAGCAUGUGUAGACCUCGUCUCAGACGCGUUCAGAGAGGCUCAUCACGGCGAGUGCCCUUUCUCUUCUGCACAGGGCUACAGCUUAAUUGUCUUCAGAUCACUAUAUUCGCUCGACUGCUGCACUGUUUGCCGCACUCGCUGA